AUGAAAAGUUUAAAUUAUCGAUUUCCUCAUUCAAGAUAGGAUUCUGGUUAAAUGAACUUGACAAGAUCUUAAUUGGGAUAAGCUUAGUAGGUGACGAAUGUGCUAAAUAAGUAAGAAAGUGAUGUGAAUGUUAAGCCGACAGAAUGAACAAAAUGUUGAUAGAUCACCAGCUCCGAUGGUACAUGGUUUGCAUAAGUUGGCAGUACCUUCUAGUUAACAAUCAUCUGCCAACCAUUCAAAGAAAUCAUCGAUCUCUAAAUAGCAAUAGCCGAAAUAGAUAUCAUUUCUUAACUACUUGAUUCUGAAGGAUAAAUCUCAAAUAGUUUAAGAUGAGGAGAAAGAAAGUUGACUAUUAAAUAUGAAAUUAGAUAUAACUGAACCAGUAGUGUAGAAGAAUAUGUUCAACUUUCAAUUUGUGAUUGGAAUAGGAGGAUUCGGCAAGGUGUGGAAGGUGGAGUACAAAAAGAACGGGUAGAUUUAUGCGAUGAAGGAGAUGUCAAAAGCACUGUAUAGAUUUCAUCAUAUCGAUUAAGUAUUAUAGCCAAAAAAAGUGUGAAUUCCGUGAUGAACGAGAGGAAUAUCUUGAGCAAUCUUAAACAUCCGUAAAUAGUGCAUUAAAUAUAGAUUCUUAGUGAAUAUCUACUACGCAUUUUAAGACCGAGAGAACCUAUUCCUAGUGCUGGAUUACAUGUAAGGAGGAGACUUGAGAUAUCAUGUUGGGAAAAUGAGAAGAUUCACUGAAGAUCAGACAAGUAUGUAAUUAUGAUAUGCAGGAUUUUUCAUGGCUUGCAUCUUCUUAGGAUUGGAAUACAUGCACUCUAAAAACAGUUUACAUAGAGAUAUUAAGCCAGAGAAUUUAGUUCUUGAUAAACAUGGUAGAAUUGAAAUCUAUUUUUAGGUUACGUCAGAAUAACGGAUUUAGGAAUUGCUCGAAAUCUCAGGCCUGAUAAUUCAUAAGACACUUCAGGUACUCCUGGUUAUAUGGGUAUCUUCAUAAUCCUAAAUUCCUAGCUCCAGAAGUUAUGUGUAGAUAAAAUCAUUCUUUCGCGGUUGAUUAUUUCGCUUUGGGAGUCAUUGGAUACGAGUUUAUGUUGGGGAAGGUAAUCAUUUAUAGUAAUAAUCAGCGACCAUACACUGGGAGAUCAAGAAAGGAAAUUAGAGAUUAGAUUCUGGCUAAGCAAGUUCAAAUUAAAAGAUCGGAAAUUCCAGAUAAUUGGUCUCUAGAAUCAGCUGAUUUUAUAAAUAGAGUAAGUGAUUAGAUCAAAAAUAGUUGAUACAAAGGAAACCAGCCAAUAGACUAGGUUUUAAUGGACCUCAUGAAUUAAGGUAGCAUUCAUGGUUUAAGAAUUUUCCAUGGUCAAAAUUAAUGAACAAAGAGUUAAAGUCACCUUACAUUCCUAAUGUAUAUAUUCUAUUAGAAGUUUGUUAGCAAAAUGAAGAUAAUUUUGAUGCUCGUUAGAUAUCAAUGGAGGAUGAUGAAAAUAACGAAUUAAUAUAAUAGCAUUCAAUUAUGUUAAGAAGAAAUUCGAUUUAAUGUAAAAUAUGUGACUAUCAAUUUAAGCCUAAUUUUCUGGAUAUGAGAUGGAUAAUUUUAGCGAGAAACAAAUCACAUAGUUUAACAAUUUUUGA